GAGUAUUGACCCGAUUGUUCCGGGCUCUGACUUCCGAUCCGACCCUUUCCGUUAACCGUUUUUUCUGGCUGGUUGAAGAUGCGGGUUCAACCCUUACCCGCCCGAUGAUUGUUCUACGAAAUCCCCUGGAUUUGUAUGUAGAUUCGCUCACUCCAUUUCUUCUUGAUCUCACUCUUCGUCUCUCCCGAUCUCACUCCUCAUGACUGUUAAAUUCCCGAUUCUCUCUUUCAUUCAACAAUCAACAACUUUGGUCUUACUCAGACUCAGUACCUCACACUCUCGCCCAUAAUAAUAUCAACUUAAUCAUUUCAGCGGCUUGAUUGGUAUCCAAUUCUCUCUCUCUCUCUCGACGUUUCCCUCUCCCUCAGCUGCAGCCCCAACCGCCGCCGGCUCCCACCCAAGACCCAAGAACAGGGUAGUUAAGGAGAGCCUCAACAAUUGAAAAAUGGGUUCUUCUUCAUAUCUGUACCUCGUGCUUCACUGGUUCUGUAUGGCCCUAACAAUUGUCUUUUGAGUGCUUAAGCAUCGUUUGAAAACAAAAGCUUGAUUUUUUUUUAUGAGUUUGUACAAUUUGCAAUCCAGCUCACAAAGACUUCUUGGGGUAGUGAUGGAGUCUUUAUUGUGUGCUUAACUAGCAAGCAUAUUGAGCUAACAAGAGUGACCUUGGUGGAUGUUCGAGGCCAGGUAUCUUUUGAUUAAAUCUUUAAAAACUUUCAGGAUCAUUAGCAAGAUUAACAUUUCUUGUAAAAAAUAGUAUAAAGACGAAGGCGAUGCAGUGGUACUAUGUAGCUGCGCUACUCACUGUUCUUACCAGUUCUCAGGGAAUACUGACUACUCUUUCCCAAAGCCAUGGCAAGUAUGUAUAUGACUAUGCAACUAUUCCAUUUCUUGCUGAAGUGUUCAAGCUAUUAGUCUCUAGUUUACUACUAUGGAAAGAAUGCCGAGCAUCACCUUCUACACGAAUGACUACAGAUUGGAAAAGUGUGCGCUUAUAUCCUAUUCCUUCAGUCAUAUAUCUAAUUCACAAUAAUGUGCAGUUUGCUACUCUGGUUUAUGUUGACACAUCGACAUAUCAGAUAAUGGGAAAUUUGAAGAUUGUCACUACUGGCAUCUUGUUCAGGCUAUUCCUAAAGAGAAAGCUCUCUAAUCUGCAGUGGAUGGCCAUCAUUCUAUUAGCUGUUGGAACAACCACAAGUCAGGUUAAAGGUUGUGGAGCAGCUUCAUGUGAUUCUAUAUUCUCAGCACCAAUCCAAGGAUAUAUGUUGGGUGUCCUAUCUGCUUGUCUUUCAGCAUUAGCUGGUGUUUACACAGAAUUUUUGAUGAAGAAGAACAAUGAUAGCUUGUACUGGCAGAAUGUACAAUUGUAUACGUUUGGUGCAAUUUUCAACAUGGCACGGCUUCUCGUGGAUGAUUUCAGGGGUGGAUUUGAGAAUGGACCUUGGUGGCAGCGCCUCUUCAAUGGAUACACCAUUACAACUUGGUUGGUGGUCUUAAAUCUUGGAUCAACGGGCUUGUUGGUUUCUUGGCUGAUGAAAUACGCCGAUAACAUUGUUAAGGUCUAUUCAACAUCAAUGGCAAUGCUGCUGACAAUGGUUUUAUCCGUCUACCUUUUCAACUUCAAACCCACAUUGCAGCUAUUCUUGGGAAUUGUUAUUUGUAUGAUGUCACUGCACAUGUAUUUUGCACCCUCAAAUGUGCUCGUAGACAUACCCGUGACGGUUAAAGCUGCUCCCGAGGGUUUGAAAGAUGUUUCAGUUGAACGAAGAAUUGAAUCGUGAUGCUUUUCCUAGUUAAAGAAUCUGACUUUAAAGUAGACCCAAAAAGAAGUUGCAGCUAAAGAUAGCUGGCUGCAUUUACAGUGUAUGCUUCAAGAAACAUACCCACCCACUCCUGGAAUCAGAAGCUUCUUCUUUAGAAUUGGCAGUGUCAGAACAUUGAAAAAAGAAGAAUUCAGCACUGUUGGAGCUUCCAUGAAUCCAUUUUUUUUUAAUCUUCAUUAUUUUGUUUAUUAUAUGAUGAAUAUUUCUUUGAUAUGUGCUAAUAUAUCAUAUAAAUACCAGGGCUAGCUUCCAACAAGUUGAACUAAUACCAAAUUAUUUGUUCACUCCUUUGUAAUAUACUAUUCCUAUUGACCAAUAUGCUCACUCCAUUUUUGCAAUGCUCACUCCUUCGUUCUCUAUAUUGAAUUGGUUAUUGGAAUGAGUAGUGAGUAUUGGAAUGAGGAGUGAGUUUUGGUCUUGAAGAAUAGUUGAAGAUAAGAUGACAUGUAUGGUGCUUCUUGUGAAGGUAGUUAUUACCAAACAGGUCCUUCCCCCUGUGUUUGUUUUGGUGCAUUCUUUCUUGGACACAGUCCCAUAUUCAUUUUAUGAGUAUGGAGGCAUUUCAACCAUUGGAGGGGUUCAUACGAGAACAGUCAAGAACACUGCUAAUGGAACUAACUACUGAGGCUUAUCUGAUUUAACAAUGCACAUGGAAAGCAAUGAUUUUUUUUUUUUAUCUCAAUGUCUCUUCUUAUUACAACGAGAAACUUUGUAAUUGGUACUGGUUUUGCACUUAAUAUGUUGCAAAACUGCUUUUCACUUGUUGUCAAUAUGUGGUAUGUUUGAGCUUGGACAAAGUGUCUUAAUAAGUGCUUUAUUUUAAA